CUACACUGCACUGUGGGGUCUUGGUCUCAUCUGUCUUCAAGGGAAGACAAAUGAGGCUCAAUGUUGCCCCAGAUGAAUUUGCUAAUUCCCAAGGACUCCAGGCUAAAGCACUCAAGACAAGCACCCUAAAAAACAUCUAAUAAUAAUGUGACAGAAGAUGGGGGAUUGGAACUUGUUAGGGAGCAUUUUAGAAGAGGUCCACAUUCAUUCCACCAUUGUGGGGAAGAUCUGGCUUACCAUCCUCUUCAUUUUCCGGAUGCUUGUGCUCGGCGUUGCGGCUGAGGAUGUGUGGGAUGAUGAGCAGAGUGAGUUCGUGUGCAACACGGAGCAGCCUGGCUGCAAGAACGUCUGCUAUGACCAGGCGUUCCCCAUCUCCCUCAUUCGCUACUGGGUGCUGCAGAUCAUCUUCGUGUCCUCUCCCUCACUGGUCUACAUGGGCCAUGCCUUAUACCGUUUGAGGACCCUUGAGAAGGAGAGGCACAGGAAGAAAGCCUGUUUGAAAGCCGAACUAGAGGGGACCGAUCCUGUACAGGAGGACCAUAAAAGAAUUGAACGAGAGCUCAGGAAACUAGAUGAACAGAAGAAAGUGAGGAAAGCUCCGCUCAGAGGCUCACUCCUGCGCACAUAUGUUUUCCAUAUCUUGACCAGAUCUGUGGUGGAGGUGGGUUUCAUUAUAGGUCAGUGUGCUCUGUAUGGCAUUGGACUGUCUCCACUGUACAAAUGUGAAAGGUUGCCUUGCCCCAACAGUGUUGAUUGUUUUGUGUCACGACCAACAGAGAAGAACAUCUUCAUGGUCUUCAUGCUGGUUAUUUCUGGAGUUUCUUUAUUCCUGAACCUUCUGGAGAUUUUCCAUCUGGGGGUGAAGAAGAUUAAGCAAAGCUUGUAUGGAUACAAAUACGGAGACGAUGACAGCGUGUGCAGGUCAAAGAAAAAUUCCAUGGUGCAGCAGGUUUGUGUGCUCACCAACUCCUCGCCACAGAGGUUGAUGCAGCUCACACAGAUGUCCUGCUCUCUUGUGUCUGAUGCUCAAAGGGAGACUUUGAAUCUGGCCUCUGCGGCCCCGCAGACUCAGGAGGACUUCAACCAGCAGCCCACACAGAUGUACAUGCCGAGCCAGCCUGACAUGCAUGUUCUGCAGCAACUGGGGGCCAUGGAGCGCCGCUACACUCUGGACAACAGGAAGCCUUCGUGCAGUAGCGAUGAGUCCAACGGAGCUCAAGGCUCAGGCAAGCCACAGAGCACAGGACCUCGACCUACGCUGAUGGCCAGCCACAUGGAGAUCCCAGCAAACCUGCGGAACCCGCAGAGAAAGCAAAGCAGAGUGAGCAUGUGCAAGGAGCUCAGUGACAUGAGUGAUUCUCCCGAGAGUGACCACUACCCUACAGCCAGGAAGUGCAGCUUCAUGUCACGAGGGAUGUCGGAGAGCAAGCUAACCAGUCUGUCAGACAGUGGAGGUUCUCGCAAUGGAACCGAUGUCGAGGCCCAGCACCUCAACCAGGGGGAGAGUCCAGUGGUCACUCCACCACCUCCAGCCAGUGGAAGGAGGAUGUCCAUGAGCAUGAUACUGGAGCUGUCUUCCAUCAUGAAAAAAUAACUGAAAAUGAGAGAGGCACACAGAAGGUCCAGCAGGGCAGAGGGACCGCAAUCGCCAAGCAACUCCCACCCCGCCUCUCUGCAGCAACAUGCAUUUCCGUAGUGUGUCUGUACAGUGUAUAUUGUGAGCAAGCCCUUCAGCUCAGUUAAUGCAACAUUCACAGACAUUAGAAUUAGAAUUUGCUUUGUGUACCAUUCAAACGCUAUCUCCAGAAUCAGAUUACUCUUACACAGAUAGAAUACCAACUACCACUCUUUAGGUUUAUAGAGUUUCAGUGGCAGUAAAUGAAACAUGAACGAAACCAAAGCGUAUGUCAUAGACUACUCAUAAAAUGAGGCUCAAAGCCUGUUGAAAAGAUAUUUGACAGAAGAUUGUAAUUAAAGAAUGUGGAAUUGGCAACUAUGAUAAGAUAAGAGAACCCUCCAAACCAUAGACUGCAUAUAAAUAUGAUGGGUCACCUACUCCUAUUGUACAAAGGGGAAGUUAAACAAAAGGUGGUUGUCUGUGCAGUCAUGAUCACAGGUUGGAAAUGUGGUAUUGAGAUUUGCUCUGCCACAACCCAGUCCGCUGCAGGAGUGACCUGCUGAUUUACCUCAUCAUUGUCUAGAUAAAGCAUGACCAGUAACCACAAGUUGUCUUGCUAGCUAGUUACAUAUCAUCCACAUGUGUUUUUAGACUGGCUAUGUUCUUAGCUUGCUAACUGUAACAUUACGAUGACAGUAAUUCAGUUAUUCUUUAAAAUGUAAAGUUACUUCUGCACUCAUUUCUAAUUUACCAAGAAAUGGUGAGGAGUGGGGACCUUGGUAUUUUGGAUUCUAUCCAUCUUUAUCAAGGCCCCAGGAGCAGUGGUGGCUUUUCCUGCAAUUUUGCCAAACUGCUUCAUUACAACUUUCAUAUUUGCCACAUGAUGCACAUUGCCCCAAAUGUCAUCCCUAAUUUAAUAGAUUUGGUUUAAUAAUAUUCAGUAACAAUAACCCUUUAUAGAGCACUCAUUGUAAUACUUGGGAACUGUAAAUUUCAGCCCUAGAGUGUUAUUAUAGGGCAUAAGAAGACUUUUUUACUGUUUCAUUUUCAUGAAGAAAAUCAAGAUUAAUGAAUUUACCAUACAUGAUACCUUUCCCUUAAGUGAUAAACAAAUGUAGCACGUAUUUAGACCAUUAGAACAAAAGUGCUGAUUCAGGAAUUUGAUCUUUGCUGAAAACCACAUGCUUGUAAACCUCUCUGAGAGGCACAGGGACGCAAUUUAAAAUGGGUGCUGAAGUUACCAAAUACGUUUUUUCGCCGUAUAAACGGUUAAGAAAUCAUGAAAAAAAAUGUGUGCAAUGAGCCUGCCUGUCAAAGAGGAGUUCUGUUUUCCCUUAAUACAUCCAUGUUUUUAUAUACAGUCUAUGGGUUUAUCAUUAUGAAUGAGCUGGAGGGUUGGGGGGCUCUUUAAAUUCAACCUUUUAUUUUGACUGAGGGUAGUCUAAAAUUGUUUGCUAAAAUAUCUGACAAAUGGAAGCUGCAAUGAUUGUCUUGUUGUUGUUUUUUUUUUUUCAAUUAAAUGCUUUCCCUCAUCAGCAGGACUGAGCUGUCAUGUCUGAGUGGUGUGUGUGGUAGUCACAAGCAUCUCUCUGUACUGUUAUGACCAACCCAAUGACCUGUCUCUGGCAAGAGAAUUCAAUAUCAGAUCAAACAAUAAACCAUCACUUCUGUCAUUA